CUAGGAGCUCUCGAGGGAGUGCCAUGCGUCGCGAAUCUCGUCCGCUCGGUAUCACCGCACGGCGAGGCGCGCUCUGAAGUACUCCGAAUAUACGGUGUAUCUCGAUUCGCCCGCGCGAGUUCCGAUUUCUCGCGUCUCGGUACUCUCUUACUUUACGACACUCGUGUGCUUAUAGUCUACGUCCACGUCGUCGUCAUCGUUAUCUUCGUCGCUGCCCGUCAUCGCUGCCGCGGGAGCCGAGCGAGUAUAAAUCCGUGCGAGACGGAACUCUCUUUGAAAUGCUCUCGGGCUCUACCUGACAACUACGUGGCCGUUUAGCCCAGAUUCAUGGCAGCCAUUAGGAAGAAGUUGGUUAUUGUAGGCGACGGUGCUUGUGGUAAAACAUGUCUUCUCAUAGUGUUCAGCAAAGACCAGUUUCCUGAAGUGUAUGUACCUACAGUAUUCGAGAACUAUGUCGCCGAUAUCGAGGUGGAUGGUAAACAGGUGGAACUGGCUCUUUGGGACACAGCCGGACAAGAAGAUUACGACAGGUUGCGUCCGUUGUCGUAUCCGGAUACGGAUGUUAUCCUAAUGUGCUUCUCCAUCGAUAGUCCCGAUUCCUUGGAGAACAUUCCCGAGAAGUGGACACCAGAGGUGAAGCACUUCUGCCCAAACGUGCCCAUUAUCCUUGUUGGAAACAAAAAAGACUUGCGCAAUGAUCCUAACACCAUUAAGGAGCUCAGCAAGAUGAAACAAGAGCCAGUUAAGCCUGAGGAGGGUAGGGCCAUGGCAGAGAAAAUCAAUGCUUUCGCUUACCUUGAGUGUUCCGCUAAAAGCAAGGAAGGUGUAAGGGAAGUUUUCGAAACGGCAACUCGAGCUGCAUUACAAGUAAAGAAGAAGAAGAGGGGAAGAUGUAGUGUUCUUUAAGAUGUUAUGACAAGUGAGCCCGUAGUUACGGGCAAAAUUUAUGAAAUUGCGGAACUAGCUGCAAAGAAGCUAGUCGUAAUAGCGCAGAUCCCCAGCGGAAACCAUGAUAUAACAUCUUACCUUUAAUUAUUUUACAUAAUAAAACAAGUCUACAGCAGCAAAAAAA